UGUUGGUUAACGUUAGUACAGAAAGAUUAGUCUUGUAUGGAAUUUGAUGGUAACAAGAUGGACUCUUACAGUUUACUCAACGUUGCUGCGAGAAUCAAAGACGAGCCCGUUGACGAGUUAUUUACAGUGAAUGAUGGUCAUGAAGUAACUGAAAAAACAUCCACUAUCCAAAACGUUCAGACCUUUACAAUUAAGCAAGAGAAUUCAACUCACAGGUUUAAAAAAUGUGAUGAAACUCGAGAAAAUGAACACGAAGAUUUGCGGAUCGAGCUCGAAUGCCGCGAACAGAAACCUAAGUUUAAUUCCGGGCUGAAAAUUGAAGAUAGUUCUGAAAAUUAUUUGCAGGAUAUGAGCAGACGCUGGACAGAUGAAAACAAUAUUAAAAAAGAAAGUUUUGUAGAAGUGAAGAAAGAACCUGUGGAAGAUGACCCCGAUGACUUGGUGACAAAUGACGAUUUAGGUGGGCAAAAGAAAUCGAGAACCAGCAUUGAUACGAGGCCUAAAGGUGCUACUUUUUCUUGUCAUAAAUGUAAAAAGACAUUUAAACAUAAGCCAAGUCUUAAACAUCACAUCAAAUCAGUCCAUGAAGGUAUCAGAUAUCCAUGCGAUAUAUGUGGAACGAAAUUUGCAACAAAGGGUAAUCUCGAAAAGCACAUGGAUUCAGUGCAUAAUAAGAUAACUCACCCAUGUAAUAUGUGCGAAAAGACGUUCACAGCAAAGAAUAAUAUCAAAAAACACAUAGAUUCGGUACACAGUAAAAUCGCACAUGCAUGCGAUAUAUGCGGAAAGUCAUUUUCACAAAAGAGCUAUCUGAAAAUCCACAUCGAUGUAAUGCAUAUUGAUAAUAUCAAACAUGCAUGUGAUAUAUGCGGGAAGAAAUUUGCAGUCAAGUGUGGUCUCAAAAACCAUAUCGAUGAGGUACACAACGGUGUCACACACGCAUGUAAUAUUUGCGGAAAGUCAUUCACAAGAAAAGGAAGUGUCAAAGGACACAUUGACAAAAUUCACCAAGGUGGCACCACUCAUGCAUGCGAUAUUUGUGAAAAGAAAUUUAUGUAUAAGAGUAGUCUUAAUUGGCACGUAAAAUCGUCCCAUCGCACCACAUUAACUGAAAAGACAGAAAAUUGUCAAAAUGCAAAUUGAUACAAUGCCUAAUGGCGUUAAUUACAUAUCGUAAAAAUAUCGAGUUAGAAAAGCAAAUUCAUCGACAGCAGAUGUUUUGUAAAAAAAUUAAAAUAUUAACGAACGCAUCGAUGCAGCAUUGGGGAACCAAGGACGGUUAUCCGUACAUUUUUUUAGCAGAUUACAUUUUCCCUAGAAUAUAGAAAAUUGGACGCAAAUUUGAAUGAAUAGUUCAAAUAAAAAUAGAGCUCAUAAAUGUAGGUUUUUUUGUAUUAUAAUUUUACA